AUGCGCACACCACUCUCCAAGGAACAGCAAAGACUCCAUUGUACUCGGUUCUUGCGGACGACUGCAAUGCUCCGAUGGAUAGACUUGAAGAGCUUACUUACACCUUGUGCCAUCAUCAUCAAAUAUAUUGGCCAUCUCUCCAAAUCAAACGAUUGGAUCCGGAAGUAUUUUUAUAAAGACGAUGUCUUGGAGGACACCGAAGAGAAAAGUAGCAAUUCUAAAUGA